ACAUUCUCUAAGUAGUAGAGCAUACAUUAGUCAUUGAGCUAUAAACUCUCUCUCUCUCUCUCUCUCUCAUUGAGCUAUGAACUAGCUCCCCCCCCCCCUCUCUCUCUCCCUCCCUCCCUCUCCCUCCCUAUCUCCCUCUCUCGCCCACUCUCUGUCUCUCUCAGCUAUGAAGAGAGGCAAAUAUGAUACAUUAGUAUCAAUGAAUCGUCUGAAACUGAUACAAGUCUUGAUGUGCAUUAUAUUUCUGUUUCUCGUAAUCAUGACAUUUGAAAUCCCGCUUCUUUUCAAGUCAAGUCUUGGGUUUGAUUCAGCUGAAAUAAACUUCACUGGUCCACUCAAGAUUAAUGUCUUUGUCGACAACUCAAUCGUCCAUCGAUCACCCGAAAGGCGAAUGAGAGAGCUAAAGAAGGUCUCUGGCCUUGUUUUUGAUGAAAUUGCAUUUGAUAGUAUCAGUAAAAGUGAAAAUUUCACUGAGCUUCUAAAGAUGGCAAGAGAUGCUUUUGUGGCAGGGAAGAAUCAUUGGGAAGAUGUUGUGUCAGGGAAGACUAAAAUUGAGUUGGGCAGGAAAAAGAAAGGAAAUUUUUCGGUUUCUUGUCCAAAGUCCGUGUCUUUAUCUGGUGUUGAGUUUAGGAAGAGAGGCAGAAUGGUUUUGAUGCCGUGUGGAAUGGCGUUGGGAUCGCAUAUUACUGUUGUGGGGAGGCCUUAUUGGGCGCAUUUGGAAAAAGACCCGAAAAUUUGGAGGAAGAAAAAAGAGGAUGAGGUGGAGAAUGUGAUGGUGUCACAGUUUGUUGUUGAGUUGCAGGGACUCAAGGCUGUUGAUGGUGAGGAUCCUCCGCGGAUAUUUCAUUUUAAUCCGCGGUUGAAGGGGGAUUGGAGUGAAAAGCCUGUGAUUGAGCAGAACACGUGUUAUCGGAUGCAAUGGGGUACUUCAUGGAGGUGUGUUGGAAUUAAGUCCACGGCAGAUGAGGAAACGGUUGAUGGACAGGUAAAAUGUGAGAAUUGGAUCCGGGACGAUGAAAAUCUCACAGAAGGAGAAAAGACCACCUGGUGGUUGAACAGGCUGAUGGGUCGACCGAAGAAGGUUAAUCUCAAUUGGCCAUUCCCGUUUGCUGAGGACAAGUUGUUUAUUCUUACUUUGUAUGCCGGCUUAGAGGGAUUUCAUGUCAAUGUUGAUGGAAGACAUGUUUCUUCUUUUCCCUAUCGCCCAGGUUUCGCUCUUGAGGAUGCCACAGGUCUAUUUAUAAAAGGGGAUGUUGGUGUGCAUUCCGUGUUUGCUGCUGCCUUACCUACAACUCAUUCGAGUUUUGAUCCCCAGAGGCCUCUUGAGAUGGUUCCCAAGUGGCAGGCGCCACCUCUCCCUGAUUCAGCUGUUGAAAUUUUUAUUGGUAUUCUUUCAGCAGGCAAUCAUUUUGCCGAGAGGAUGGCUGUGAGGAAGUCUUGGUUGCAGCAUGAAUCGAUCAAGUCAAUGAAUGCUGUUGCUCGUUUUUUUGUUGCAAUGCACAAGCGAAAGGAUGUUAAUGUGGAGCUUCUGAAAGAAGCAGAAUUUUUUGGUGAUAUUGUCAUAGUGCCUUACAUGGAUAACUAUGACCUUGUUGUUCUUAAGACUGUAGCGAUUUGUGAGUACGGGGUCCGCAUGGUGGCCGCGAAGUAUAUUAUGAAGUGUGAUGAUGAUACAUUUGUUAGAAUCGAUGCAGUGCUCAGGGAAGCUAAUAAAGUUCGGAAAGGUAGAAGCCUGUAUGUCGGAAACAUCAAUUAUAAUCGCAAGCCCUUCCGAUAUGGUAAAUGGGCUGUUACAGAUGAGGAAUGGCCUGAAGAAGAUUAUCCACCUUAUGCAAAUGGUCCUGGUUACAUUAUAUCAUCUGAUAUUGCUAAUAAUGUUGUAUCGGAUUUUGAGAAUCAUAAGUUGCGGUUGUUCAAGAUGGAGGAUGUGAGCAUGGGAAUGUGGGUGGGAAAAUUCAAUGCUUCAAAACCCGUCGAGUAUGUUCAUAGCUUGAAUUUCUGUCAAUUUGGAUGCAUUGAAGAUUAUUUCACAGCACAUUACCAAUCUCCAAGACAGAUGACAUGUCUGUGGGAUAAAUUGAAACGUCGAGGAAAAGCCCAGUGCUGCAACACUUGAUGACAACUACAGACGCAGUAGGUUGAACAUACGAAUAUUACAGAGGAACCAAUGGUAAAAAGAUUGUUGUCAUAGAUUUGUACAUGACAUACAUGUGGUUAAGUUAGAUAAAUAUAUUCAGAUUUGAGCUGUUCCAUUCACCUCUUCGUGUAAUUCAUUAUUACAGUGGUUUCAUGCCAAAUUGUAACGAAACAAUAUCAAUGAAACAGAUUUUAUCA